UCCUUCCCCGCGUCUCUCCCCGAGCAGCGGAGGCGAUGCGCGGCACGGGCGCUGUCGCGAUACCCCCGCGAUAAUAAGCGUCGGCUUGGAGAAGAGGGGGAACUCCUGCGUUUCUCACGGAGCUAUUCUCAGCGCCUAAAAUAAUUCGAUAGACCAUGCCCUCUCUAUGACGGUGGCUUGCUGAGCUCACCCCGCAUGCCAGAAGAGCGUCCUUGGUCGAUCCGAGGGCUUCUGGGGACUCCGGCCUCCGCCCGGCUUUUCCGCGUGUGUGUGUUCCUGUAGAACGUUCAAAACUGUUUCUCCAAAGGGUUUUGCAGAAACUCAGACUGUUUUCUAAAGCAGAAGCACCUCAGUCCCCGGCAGUAGUGAUGGGCAGCGUGCGAACCAACCGCUACAGCAUCGUGUCCUCGGAGGAGGACGGCAUGAAGCUGUCCACCAUGGCCGUGGCCAACGGCUUCGGCAACGGCAAGGGCAAGGUCCACACCCGGCAGCAGUGCCGGAGCCGCUUUGUCAAGAAGGACGGGCACUGCAACGUCCAGUUCAUCAACGUGGGCGAGAAGGGGCAGCGCUACCUGGCCGACAUCUUCACCACGUGCGUGGACAUCCGCUGGAGGUGGAUGCUGGUGAUCUUCUGCCUGACGUUCAUCCUCUCCUGGCUUUUUUUUGGCUGUGUGUUUUGGUUGAUCGCGCUGUUGCACGGGGAUCUGGAGAACCAAGAGAACAGCAAGCCUUGCGUGUCUCAGGUGAGCAGCUUCACCGCAGCCUUCCUGUUCUCCAUCGAGACCCAGACCACGAUCGGCUACGGCUUCAGGUGCGUCACCGACGAGUGUCCCAUCGCCGUGUUCAUGGUGGUUUUCCAGUCCAUCGUGGGCUGCAUCAUCGAUGCCUUCAUCAUUGGCGCCGUCAUGGCAAAGAUGGCUAAGCCAAAAAAGAGGAACGAAACUCUGGUCUUCAGCCACAACGCCGUGGUGGCCAUGAGGGACGGGAAGCUGUGCCUGAUGUGGCGUGUGGGGAACCUGAGGAAAAGCCACCUGGUGGAGGCGCACGUGCGGGCGCAGCUCCUGAAAUCCAGGAUCACGUCGGAAGGGGAGUACAUCCCCCUGGAUCAGAUCGACAUCAACGUGGGCUUCGACAGCGGCAUCGACCGCAUCUUCCUGGUGUCCCCCAUUACAAUAGUGCACGAGAUCGACGAGGACAGUCCCCUGUACGACCUGAGCAAACAGGACAUGGACAAUGCUGACUUCGAGAUCGUGGUCAUCUUGGAGGGCAUGGUGGAGGCCACCGCCAUGACCACGCAGUGCCGUAGCUCGUAUCUGGCCAACGAGAUCCUCUGGGGCCACCGCUACGAGCCCGUGCUCUUCGAGGAGAAGAACUACUAUAAGGUGGACUACUCGAGGUUCCACAAAACCUAUGAAGUGCCCAACACACCCAUCUGCAGUGCCAGGGACUUAGCGGAGAAGAAAUACAUCCUCUCCAACGCCAACUCCUUCUGCUACGAGAACGAGGUGGCCCUCAGCAGCAAGGAGGAGGACGAGAUCGACACGGGCGUGCCCGAGAGCAUGAGCACGGACACGCACCCGGACAUGGAGCACCACAACCAGGCGGGGGUGCCCCUGGAGCCGCGGCCGCUGCGGCGGGAGUCGGAGAUAUGACUGGCGAGGCUCUGCCUCUGCCGCGGGGCUGGAAGGACAAACGCCCACCGUGUCCGUCGGGCAAGGGCUCCUUGACCUGAGAAGUUGGCCCAGAAGAGUUUGCAGACAACGGUACUGUGGAAGAGUGGUGUGAAGGCAGCAGACCCGAGGAACCCAGGCUGGUUUUAGGGCUGUCCUCAGAGGAGGGACGACAGGAAAUGAACUCUAAACACAAAGCACUAAACAUGUCUAAGUAUGAACAGAAGGCACAUAUGUUGUAGAAUAAAUUAUGUAUAUAUUUUUUUACAAAACUUGAACUUGCAGGCAAGCUUUGGUUGGGUUAUUAUUAUUUUUUGUUUUCAACUUUUUCCAGAAUGCUUCUCUCUAGGGAACAAGAAUGUUUUUAAUGGCAUAACAAAGGCAAGAAUCUGCCUUAUUAUUAUUAUUAUAAUUAUUUUUUAAAAAGCUGCUGCUAACUACAUGAACACAAAUGGUUAUUUUUGUUGCAGUGUAGUUUUUAUUUUCUCUUGUGUAAUUUAAAAAGAAAAAAAAAAAGUCAGUGUUGAACUUUUUGGGUUGAAAAGCUCAUGAUCAGUUCAGAGAGGCCAAUGUUGCCAGAAAGUUUAAACUCCUUUUGAGGCCAGUAGUUGAUAGCUAGAAUCAAUUUCUCUCUUUCCAAUUACAUAAGGGGCAUUAUGUAAUAUCAGGCCAAUCAGUAGCCUCCAGCAAAAUUUAUGAUUUUUUUGGGGGGAGAAUUUAAUUCUCUGUCUAAAGGAAAAACGAGACAAAAGUUACGUAUACAUAGGAAAAAGUACUAAGUUCAAACUACCUAUGUGGAUACCAAAGAAAAUGCACAGUUUUGCACAGUGGAGUUUAUUAAAAAAAAAAAAAAAAAAGAAAAAAAAGGAAAAAAAAAGGAACAGGCUGCUUUAAACAACAACAACAACAAAAAUCAAACCUCAGACACUUUUUUGGUUUUGACUUUUUUCUCUUUUUUUUUUUUUUUUCCUUUUCUUUUUAAGACCUUUAUUUUGCACCUUAUUCUAAAGGCUUAAGGCUCGGAUCUAAAGCAA